AGUAAACUCCUAAUUAAAAUCACAAUCAAAAAAUUUUUUUAUUUUUGAGCGUAGCUUUAAACACAGUAUUUUUUAUAAUUAUAACCUAAUCUAUUUACCCGUGAGGCGACUGUCACAGUUCCAGUUUCUCGUUCGAUGCCAUCCAAAUAGUAGUAGCAAAAUUUAGGACGUACACAACUGUAGAGCAUAAUUCCCCAAAAUUAUACCUCAGCCGAUCGCAACUGAUCCUGUGUCCAAAGUUUCCGUUCCAGGAUGUGCAUGCCGUAUCUGAACAAACUCUUCGGCGGCGGAGGUCGGAAUCGGGAGCGUCGUAACCGGAAUGGGGGUAUUACCCCGCUGCCCAGUCUGGCCAAUGUGACCGAGGUCUCGUUGGACACCGUGCGUACCGUCAAGUCCGGGAAGUCAGCGAAAUCCGGCAAAUCCGCCAGCAGGAGGAGCACCAACACCAAUGCUGGCCAGCCGCCCGAGUCCAGUGUGAGCAGCAUGUCCAAUACGGAGCAAUCCCUGGCGGCCGCCUCCCGAGGAGCUGUUCGUAAUACCACCGCCUCGGUGGCCCCCAGUGUUGCACCCGCCGAUGCAUCGAGAUCGCGCAAAUCCUGGUGGGGAUACUUUGGCAUGAACAAGAACAAGAAGCCCAGCAUUGAGUCGCUCUAGAUCUCUGAUGCCAAGCCUCCAAGUAUCGGGAUCGGAUCGAAUUGCUACGGGUUACCAAAGGAGACCUCUUCAACAGGAUCGUACCAUCAGUAAAUUUGGGUUGAACUCUCUCAGAAAACAAACCAAGUUAAACUCCAUCUUUCGGCACUGAGAUAUUAGUUUAUAAUAAAUUGUCAAACUUCUUACCUCUGGAACCCCAAAACUUAAACUGGGAUAUUAUUUACUAUCCACAUUUAUUAAUUUAUCCGCAGAUAUUAGUUUAUAAUGUCAUCUUACUUACCUCUGGUACCCAAAAACCUAAACUGGGAUAUUAUUUACUAUCCACAUUUUCAGAUCUCAGGAACUCGUGUAUCUUAAGUAAUCCAAGUGGAUUAAAUAGGUCUUUUUUCUAGAUAACAUAUCAUUUAUUAUCUUUAUAAAUCAAAUCUCUAUAGUUGAUGUGUAAUAUGUAAAUUCCAAAAAUAAUUACGUACAUUUUCCUAUCCCAAAUUAUCCAUUUAAAUGUUACAUGCGCUACUGAACCAGGUAUGCCUAAAAGUAUUUAUAACCCAAGCUAAAAUCCAGCUGGCAAUGAAAUUGGAUAAUAAAUCAGGGGGAGUUACUGCUAAUUACUUUCACUUUCCCUGUAGACCUUUGUUAGCCCCAGAGCUUUCUUUGUGUUGCUUUUGUUCUCUGAUUUCUAUAGCAUAUAUACUCGGAUCGGAUCGGAUCGGAUCGGAUCGGCUGCUGCUAUAGAAGAUCGUGUCGUGCCCAGAGAGGGGGCGUGGCAGGGGCUUCGGGCAAACAAAGCUGAAACGUCGGCACCGCCAGCGAUUAGUGUAAUUUAUCAGUCGCAAUGGCAAUUUAUAUGGCUAAGCGCGAUCGGCGGGGCUUAUACUAACAUAUAUAAAUGUCCGUAUCUGGAUGUGGGUGUGCGGAUGAGGGGGCGAUCGUUGCGGGGGUGGAUGCUUUUUGACAAUAAAAUUAAUGUGGCUGUUAUCACAAGUAAUUGUUGCUGCCGGCAGUAGUUAUUGUUGCCCUUACCGCUAUUGUUGCGAGUGGCCGAUUGCGUCAAUGGGCAGCUACACUGCGAUAAAAUAUUU